UAUUUAUUUGCGUGUAUUAGUAACUUAGUAGUAUUAAUCAAGCUCUUUAACCCAAGUCAGACAGAGAACGAAACUCGAAGAAACCAUUGACAAACAACUCGAGAUAGAAAAAAGCGUUUGAAAUUGGAGCAACUACCAAUUGUGCAGUUCCGUCGCUUGCAAUCGGAAAACGAAGAGACCGAUAGCUCCCAUGGCGAUGACAGUGCACGUGUAAGUUGGAAACUAAAAUUUGAGCCUUGUUUUUUGAUUGCGAUUAUCUAGCAAAUUAAGGCUAAUUAACAUUUAACCUUUGCAUUUUUUUUGGAUGUGUAGCCUUGCUGGGUUGGCUUUUAUGUUUUCGGCUAGCAUUUUGCUACAGAUUCUGGCAUGUGCAAUAUACAACAAUUGGUGGCCCAUGUUAUCAGCUCUGAUGUAUGUGCUGGUGCCUAUGCCUUGCUUAUUCUUUGGAGGCGGGUCUACUCAUUUUAUGAUGAGCCGCGAGGGUGGGGGUUGGAUGGAUGCUGCAAAGUUUUUGACUGGAGCAUCAGCUAUGGGGAGCAUAGCCAUUCCUAUAAUCCUUAAGCAUGCUCACAUGAUUGAGACUGGGGCAAUGCUCAUCGAGCUUGUAUCAUUCUUCAUAUUUAUAUGUACAGUUAUGUGUUUCCACCAAGCCAGCCUUGAUGAUGAUUGGUAAUAACAAAUUCCAUACUUCUGAUGCCCUGUUAGUCAUUAGGGUUUGUUACCUUAAAAUGGAAAACAAAGUAGUGACACUUGUUAUACAGCCUUGGAAACAGAAGUGUAUGAUCGAACAUCUGUAAAUCUCUGCCAGUAAUUACUUUUUCAUCAACUU